AAGAACUGCCUUCUCUGCUAAGGCCGUACAGGGUGUGGUGGGGAGAGAGACAGAGAAAAAAAGCAGAUUGGCUCUGUGCAUCUUUUGACUUUGGGGAGACCGAUUUGACAACUGUCCUAGGCUGGUGCUGAGACCUGCCCCCAUGCUGGAUCACAGAAGUAGGAUGGAUAGCUCCAAGAAGGAAAGGGUGAAGCAGAUCCUAUCUGAAUUCCGGCUACGGGAAGAGGACUUGAAGAAGGUGAUGCGUCGGAUGCAGAAGGAAAUGGACCGAGGCUUAAAAUUGGAGACACAUGAGGAGGCCUCUGUGAAGAUGCUGCCCACAUAUGUGCGGUCUACACCAGAAGGAUCAGAAGUUGGAGAUUUCCUAUCUUUGGAUCUCGGGGGUACCAAUUUCCGAGUGAUGCUGGUCAAAGUGGGAGAUGAUGAGGAAGGGCAAUGGAAAGUGAAGACAAAACAUCAAAUGUACUCCAUUCCAGAGGAUGCCAUGACAGGAACCGCUGAAAUGCUCUUUGAUUAUAUUUCGGAAUGCAUCUCUGACUUCCUGGACAAACACCAGAUGAAGCACAAAAAGCUGCCUCUGGGCUUUACAUUUUCCUUCCCUGUUCGACAUGAAGACAUUGACAAGGGAAUUUUGCUGAAUUGGACAAAAGGCUUUAAAGCAUCUGGAGCUGAAGGGAACAACAUUGUGGGGCUUUUGAGAGACGCUAUCAAGCGAAGAGGGGAUUUUGAGAUGGAUGUAGUUGCAAUGGUCAACGACACAGUAGCAACAAUGAUAUCCUGCUAUUAUGAAGAUCACAGAUGUGAAGUUGGCAUGAUUGUGGGCACAGGUUGCAAUGCUUGCUACAUGGAGGAGAUGGAGAAUGUGGAACUGGUGGAAGGAGAUGAAGGACGGAUGUGUGUGAACACCGAAUGGGGGGCUUUUGGGGAGUCAGGAGAGUUAGACGAAUUCCUCUUGGAGUACGAUCGUGUGGUGGAUGAAACCUCCCUUAACCCCGGUCAGCAGCUGUAUGAGAAGAUCAUAGGUGGGAAAUACAUGGGGGAGAUCGUACGACUAGUGCUGCUAAAACUUGUCAAUGAAAAUUUACUCUUCAGUGGAGAAGCUUCAGAAAAGCUGAAAACCAGGGGAUCAUUUGAAAGUCGUUUCAUCUCGCAAAUUGAAAGUGAUCCUGGCGACCACAAGCAGAUUUACAAUAUUCUGACCUCUUUUGAGCUAUUGCCCUCUGUCAUGGACUGUGACAUUGUUCGGAUGGCGUGUGAGAGCGUCUCCACACGGGCUGCGCAGAUGUGUUCAGCUGGGCUGGCUGGGGUUAUCAACCGCAUGCGGGACAGCAGGAAUGAGGAGACUCUGAAGAUUACAGUGGGCGUGGAUGGGUCAGUCUACAAGCACCACCCUUGUUUCAAAGAGCGUUUCCAUGCAUCAGUCAGGCAGCUCACUCCAGGCUGUGACAUCUCCUUCCUGCAGUCAGAAGAAGGCAGUGGCCGAGGAGCAGCUCUCAUUUCUGCUGUAGCGUGCAAAAUGGCUUGCAUGAUUGGCCAGUGAGAUGGACCAUGAAAGGCCACCUUCCUAGAAAGCACCUCUUCUUCCCAGUGACCCAGGCUGUGUUGUUUUAGGGUGUGCCCAGGAGCAGCACCAGUAGGAGGAAAUUUUUCCUGGGGAGUAGACAAUUGAACUGACCACUGGACAGAACAACGGCUGGAGCAACAUUGGGUUCCUCCUAACUUCUUAUAUGUAGACAAUGCAAUAACUCUUUCAAACUUCAGCUUCUCCUUUUUCUUCCUAAAACCUUCUCCAAUACUGCAUGAUGGCGGGGAGGGGGAUGAGGGGUGUUCAGUUUAUGUAUUAAAGCAGUUUCACAAAGUUCUGUGGAGGUGUUGAGUGAAUGGGGAGGAAAUUAAUUUGUUGGGGGGAAAGUGCUAAACAAAAAGAGAUCUAGACCUAUUGGUACUGAGUUGAUAAGGAGAGUAACCCAAAUUCUGUUUUUCCCAGUGUGGCGAUUAUUGGAGCCUUGUUUAAUAGAAUGGAUAGCAUUGGAUUUAGAAGAGAGCAAAGGAAGGCACAGACAUCAAUUCCAAAGUGUAGGAUCAUCCAAAACAUACCACUGGUUUCUUCUUUAGAAAAUCAGGUUCUAAGGAGAUUAAAAGAAGGGUCCCUAUCAGCGCUUGGUGGUGAGAUAUGAUCUCCAUUUCAAUGUUCCUAGGAAUUUUUGGUGCUGAUUUUUUCCCCAAGCAGCUGUUAAUUCUGUCCUAAUGUGACUUGGGCCAUGUGUGUUCCCACUUGCUUGUACCCACAGCACAAAGAGCCCCUGCCCAAGCAACCUCUGUUUUCCACUGUGUUCACUUGGUGCUGCCUUCAUCUCGUCUGUAGCCCAUAAGAGACAGACUUAUGUUGUGGUUAGCUGUUAAAUAAUAUUUUCCCCUUUCUUCUAAUAGCAGGGGAACUUCAAGGCAUCUAAGGUCUGCUAGACUUUGUCACCCUUGCUUUGGAGAGAACUCAGGGGAUGGGCCAUGACUGGGAACAAAGGCAUUAGAAGCAAGAGAGGAAUCAGCAGUGUGAACAGCCAAAUUCAUACCAUUAUGGUUUUCUACCAGCUCAAUCAUGGGUGGAAAACACUUCAAUUCACUAACAGAAAAAGGUUCUAAGUGGGUAUAUCAAAUCUGAACUUAAGAUACUAUUUCCAGAAAUAGCACAAUCCAGAUGCUUGAAGCUUCAUUUGCUUUCAUGACACUCCAGAUCUAGGUCAAACAUGAAUCCAAGAGGCCUGAGAACAAACUGAUUAUUCUCUACAUCAACGAUGACCAUAGAAGAGUGGGAGAUGAUGCAAAGUGGCAGGUUCAUCAUGUACCUGGUUGAAUCAAGGUGUUACAUUUUCCCCUAGUAUUUGAGUUCACUUGUGUUGGGUUUUUACACCCAGGUUUAAUCUAUUUAGAGGGGUUAAUUGUCAUUUCAGUGUAUUCAAAUCCCCAUAAGACAUUAGAUAACCACAUUGCCUAUUUUCAACAAGCAUGCUUGGAGAAGGCUUGGCAGGGUGUAAAAAAAUGGGUUCUGGAGUCCCAUAUCCUUAUCAUUUCCUGAUUUUAUUUGUCUUUAGAAGGGAAUGUAUUUAUCUAUUUGCCUUUUUUAGCUUUCUAUUUUUAAGCUCUGGUUCUAUCUUUAGAAACUGAGAAAAAUAGAAACCACAAUACUUCCUCUAAAAACAGAGGUCGAAGACUGCCAUCCGCUAAAUAUGAAAAGGUUUUGCUGUUUCUCUACAUGCCUGAAUUUUGGCUCAGCAGUGAUUUGUUGAUGCCCCGAUAAUUAGCCCAUUAAUGUGGAUGGAAUGUAGUUGGACAAAAAUGCCAGUUAGUAAAGACAAGGGUGAUAUGGGUUGCAGUGGCUAAAAUGGAUGAUUGGGUGAAUGCUAUAAAGAUUCUAGUCCAGACGUACUUGAGAUGAAGUGAAGAAAGAUUCAUGGGUAGAAUAAUGAAAAAAAGGCGGGGGGGGGGCUGGAGCAAUUUGUACAAAGCACUGGAUAAGGUGAAAAAGGUACAGGUCUUUGUCACACAGUCAGAAAGAUAGAUUGCUGAGCAUGUCAGAAACUGACACACACAUCUAUUUUCUGGGAAGUUUAGCCAAGGUAGGCUGGAAUGCAAACAUGAUAUUUGAACAGUAAGAAAUACACAUAAUUCUGCUUUUUUAAUGGAAUACCUUGCCAAUCCCUUAGUUCCCCAUCUUUCCCACUGAGUUUUUGGUCAUACAGUUGCUUGACUUAGGCACACUUGCUUUCUUAUCACUGGCAUAAUAUUGUUUAUUUUCCUGUUUUGUUUUACUUCUGUCUCCUGCUAUCCUU